AUGAGGUUGACAGGAGCCCUUCUCUGGGCUGCGGCACAUGCGCUUUCAGCCGUAGCGGACUCGGUCAAUACCGUCCUCGAGGACGGGUUCGAGCUUCGGCACCUCACCGAGAGCAAUUUCAAGGGGAGCAUAUCGAGGGGAUUAUGGCUGGUAGAGCACUUCUCACCUCGAUGUUCGCACUGCCGGGCAUUCGCACCGACCUGGGAGCAGAUCGCCAGGGGGAAGAACCACCUCGAGAGGCUGACAGGCUUCCAUAUGGCUCAAGUGGACUGUCUGGCUCAGGGAGACCUGUGUAACUCGAACGGUAUCAAGUUCUACCCCUCCCUCAUACUAUACUCGAACGGACAAGAGCUCGCCCAGUACUCGGGCGACCGAUCCCCCGCAGAUCUCGGGAAAUGGAUAGACGACCAGUCCAACUCCUACGCCCGGGGCCAGCUACUAGCCACCUCCUCGCUUGAAUCAGAGGUUGUGUCUUCGGGCUUCGGAAGGCCAAAUAGCGAAGGCAAGGUGCUGGAGGUGGACGAGGCGCAGUUGGAGGUAUUGAAGGGGAACGGGCCGGUUCUGGUGGACUUUUACGCGCCAUGGUGUGGGCAUUGCAAGAAGCUGAGACCAAUCUAUGAGACCCUCGCAGGAGCGCUCAAGAAUCAGCUGAACGUGGCUGCGGUCAAUUGCGAUGAGAACCCUAUAUUAUGCCGGAAAUCGAACAUUAAGGGCUACCCAACUAUUCGAUUAUUACAAGAUGGCGGAUCAGAGGACUACAAGAGCGCACGGAAUCUCGGCGGGAUGAAGAAGUUUGCUAUGAAGGCUGUGGAAAGACCCUUCCUGCAACCCAUCAAGCUUGAGGACUUCGAGGACAUUGUCUCCUCAGAAGAAGCUUUCUUCCUGUAUCUGCAGAAUUUCGAUACCUCUGUUGACGACCUUAACGCCGUCAAGUCCGCCCUGAAGCCCCUCAAAUCGUCCCUACCUUCCUACACCACCUCCGACCCCCUCCUCUACGCAAAUCUCUCCAUCUCCAAUCCGCCACCCACGUCGGUCCUCCUCGCCUUCUCUUCCCCCUCUUUCCGGCCAGUCGCUUCCCUCCCCUUCCCGGCCGAGAAUCAAGCCAUCACCCGCUUUGUCAACCUGCACAUGCACCCGACGCUCCUCCAGCUCAGCUCGUCCAACUAUGCGGAUAUCAUGAAAUCACCUACAAGAGCGAUGAUUGUCUUGGCGGCUGUGCAUGGCGGCGAGACGGGCCGGAAAGAGCGCGAAGAGUUUGAGCGGAUAUCGAGGGCUUGGAAGCGGGGCGGAAGACGGUUUGAUCAGCCGGUAUGGUUUGUCUGGAUCGAUGGGGAGCGGUGGGCGAGCUGGAUGAGUCAGGCGUAUGGGAUCAGGAAGCGGAAUCUUCCUGCAGCGGUCGUCAUCGACCCACCACUGUCAGAAUACUACGACCAGACCCUCGAAAGCACAUCCAUCUCCUUCGACGGCGCCUCCAUCUUCUCCACCCUCGAGGGGUACUACCAGAAACUCUUACCGCCCAAACGGUCCGAGACCGCCCUGGAAUGGGGGAGUCAUAGCGCCACCAUGACCCUCAUCAACCUCAGCGAAUUCAGCUAUGAUCACCCAUUACUAGCGAUGGGCACCGUCAUUGGUGCAGUAGCGACUUUUGUCUAUCUCCUGACCAGAUGUCUGGGGAAGGAUCCGAAAGAGGGUGGAAGGGAUCAUACUACUAAUGGACAUGGAGGUGGGAGCUAUGGGCAUGAGAAGUAUGGGAAUGGGGGGCAUGCGUUGAGUGGGAGUAGACUUGAUUAG